ACCCCCCUCAAGGGUCGCGAGCUGCCCGCCGGGUCAGGUGGCCGCCGAAUCAACCGGGAAACUCCAGCGCUGGGAAUCCGAAGCGACGCAAAAAGAGGGAGUAUAAAUACGGGAACGUCUUGCCGCAACGCGCUGGGUGUUUCACAACUUGCUUCGCCCUCGUGCAGAGGCUCCGUCGGCUGCGGCGCUGGGGAGAAUCAACCCCGGCUUUACCUGCGGCUCCGGCAAAUUGUAGCCCGGUUGAGGAGCAGACAAGAGGCUAAAAGAAGUUCUCCGUGUUGAGUGUUUGAGAAACACGGUCUUGCCAUCAAGGGCUGCUUUGCCUCCCCCAGCCGCUCCUGGGCGUCCUGCUCGGUGUCCCGGGGGCAGAAGUUGGAGGGGUUCAUCAGUGGCGACUCUUCUCCCACCCCAUCAGGUGACAUGUGAAGGCAGCGCCCGGCACGGGGAGCGGCAGCAGCUGAGAUGCAUUCAAGCCACGCCAAUGACCCCAAGGAAGCCAUACAGCUGAUCAAAAAGCAACUGGUGAAUGCCAUCAAGGCGUUGCAGAAGCAGUACGUGACCUCGGAUGCCGUCGUAACCAGCGACGAUGGGAACGCGAACACCCUCUGCAGCGCCCUGGAAGCUGUCUUUGUGCACGGGCUGAAGGCGAAGCAUAUAAAGGCAGAGAGUGGGGGGAAAGGGAAGAAAGCAGGGGGUCGGGGACCGCUUCCCCAGCCGGUCUUCUGGGGUCUGCUGAAGAGCAUCACCCAUCGAAAUAUUGUCUCAGAGCUGGAACAGCUCAUCUUUAUCAAUACGGACGUCGGCCGCUGCCGAGCCUGGCUGAGGCUGGCUUUGAACGAUGGCCUCGUGGAGUGUUACUUGAAGCUGCUGCUGCGGGAGAGGUCCCGGCUGCCCGAAUACUACCAAGCAACCGCUCUGCUCUUAGAUGCUGAAGAGUGCGAGUUUCUCCUUAGCUACUUGCAGGGCUUAACGUCCUUAACCUUCGAGCUCUCCUAUAAAUCAGCUGUUUUGAAUGAGUGGACCGUCACCCCUCUGUCCCUGUCUGGUCUGUGUCCUGUUUCGGAGCUGCUGGAGCCCCUCACGUCCUCGACAUCCGAACCCCACAGAAAAGCAUCGCUGGGUUCGAUCUCCCAAUCAUCGGGGUCGGACGAGAUCGAGAUUCAACCCUCUGUCCUACCCAUCGGCAAAGCCAGCAGCAAAAUCAAGCUCACGUCGUCCUCGUUGAGCCUUAACACCACGAGCUCGUCCCAGCUCUCCUCCAGCCUGGGCUCCGACAGCAUCCUCCCGGCUCACUGCGCCCGCAGUCCCGAGCGGAGCGAGGAGCCGCUCUCCUGCGACUCCGACCUGGGGACGGCCACCGCCGAGGACCUGGACAGGUCGCUGCUAGAGGUGUUGUCAGAGUUCAGCAAAGCCAAGCCAAGCCUGGAAGCCCCGGAGGGAGGGCUGGUCCCCGGCGUGCUGAGCUGCUCCCCAGGGCAGCGUGCCUGCCCCCCGGCCGCACCGCCCGUCCCCCCGGCCCCGUCCCGCGGAGCUUGCCGUGGAGGAGAGACAGGCAGAAGCGGCACGGUCAGCGGCGGCGAGGCAAGCCAGGCUGUCCUCAGCCCGACGGCCGAAUACCUCCUUUCUCCGGUGCUAGGUUGUCCGAAAAGAAAGAGCUGGAUCUCAGAAGAUGAUUUCUACAGGCCUUCUCCGGGAGAGAGCAGUGAAAGCACAGCUGACACCAAUGGCUUCGGGCCGGAGGGGGCUGGCGAGGGUCCGGCCCCAGGGCUCAUUAGCGCUCUUGACUUGGAAAGGCUGUCGGUGCCGUCCUCGGAGAGCGGGAAGCCCAAAAUGUCACCCGAACGGGAACAAAAGGGCUUCAGCGUUGUGCAUCGCAGGCAGAUGGGUCUUUCCAACCCUUUCCGAGGGCUGCUGAAGCUGGGCAGCCUGGAGCGGAGAGGAGCCAUGGGGAUAUGGAAGGAGUUUUCCUGUGAGCUGUCGCCACUGGAGCUCCAGCUCUUCCUGGACCACGAGGACCGCAUCUGCGUCGAGAGCUAUUCCCUGCUGCGGUGCGAGUCGCUGGCACUGACGCACUCGGACGGCCGUUUCGAGCUGGUUUUCCUGGGGAAAAAACUCUACCUACGAGCUCCUUCUCGAGAUGAGGCCGAGGACUGGUUGGACAGGAUCCGCGAGGCACUGCAGAAGUGCCGGCCUCAGCUGGAGGAGGAGGAGUGGGAGUCGCUGGAGUAUCCAGAAGAUGGUGGCGAAGGCCAACCCAUCCAGAGCGACUCCGCUGCUCUUCUCCAGUACAGCGACGUGCCUGGGAACAGCUUUGACUGGACUCCAGCUCACGAACCGGAGCUGGAUGCAAUAAAAGAGGCUGUUCUGUACGUGGACGUAGACAAAACCUGGGUCCCCUUUAUUUUUUCCCUGUCUCUAGAAACUUUAAAGUGCUUUAAAGUCAGAAACAACGAUAAAAUUUUAAGCAACAGUUAUGGUAUAGAGACCAUCCAGGACAUCCUUCCAGACACGAGCCUUGGGGGACCCGCGUUCUUCAAGGUAAUCACCUCCAAAGCUGUCCUGAAGCUGCAGGCUGAGAAUGCAGAAGAAGCGGCCUCGUGGAGGGAGCUGGUCCGAGGGGUGCUCAUGUCCUACCUGGAGAGCGCCGAGGAGGCGCUGACGCUGGGUGGCAGCUUGGACGGGCACUCCCAGGUCAUCCUGAAGAACAUCGUGAAGGAAAACAGCUUCUUGUUGCAAUACCUGGUGGCCAUCCCCAUGGAGAAGGGGCUGGACUCGCAGAGCUUCAUCUGUGCAGGCUGCUCCAGGCAGAUCGGCUUCUCCUUCGCGAAGCCCAAGCUCUGCGCCUUCUCUGGUCUCUACUAUUGCGACAGCUGCCACCGGGACGACGAGACGGUGAUUCCCUCGCGCCUCAUCCACAACUGGGAUCUGACGAAACGAGGGGUUUGCCGGCAGGCUUUGAAGUUCCUCACUCAGAUCCGUAACCAGCCGUUGAUCAACCUAAAGCUGGUCAACGAGAGCCUCUACGACCACGUGGAAAGGAUGGGACGGAUCCACCGGAGCAGGGAACAGCUGAAGCUGCUGGGAGAUUAUCUCAUCAUGUGCCGCAGCGGGGCCCUGAAGGAGCUGAGCAAGCGGCUUGAUCACCGGCACUACCUCUUGGAGUGUCCCCACAAAUACAGCGUCGCUGAUCUGAGGCAGAUAGCCGACGGCGUCUUUGAGACCUUCCUGCAGUCUCUGCUCCAGUUUGCUUCCCAUCACGUCUACAACUGCGACCUGUGCACCCAGCGAGGCUUCAUCUGCCAGAUCUGCAACAGCAGCGACAUCAUUUUUCCCUUCGAGUUUGACACUACCACCAGGUGCAGCGAAUGCAAAACCGUCUUCCACCGGGACUGCCAAGCCCAUGCCAAGUCGUGUCCCCGCUGCGAGCGCCGGCAGAGGUACCAGCGAAAGCUGGAGGCGGAGGCCAGCGUGGAGCCAAGCCUUUAGCAUCCGGGGACCGACCUCGACCCUGCCCUCGGCUUCUCAUCCAGCCGGACUAGCGCCGGGGGGAAGGAGCCGGUGGGAGGUGCAGAGAAGAGACCCCCUGCCCGGGAGCUGAUCCUGCGCCCGGCCCUUCCCCGGGGACAGCGGUGCUGGGCGACGCGGUGUGGGUGCUCCUGCCCCACGGAGGGACCCUCUGCCCACCCAGGGCUGAGCGAGGGGGGACUGGAGAG